AUGACCGACAGUGUAGACGUCGUGCCCAUUGGUGCAUGGUAUGGCAAGGGCAAGCGUACAGGCAUGUACGGUGCCUACCUCCUUGCCUGCUACGACGAUGACAAUGAAGACUUCCAAACACUUUGCAAGAUUGGAACAGGGUUUAGUGAUGAACAAUUGCAACAAUUCACAGAGGCACUCAAGUUCGAGGUGAUAAGCAAUCCAAAGAACAUGUAUCGUGUGGCUGAGCAACUUAAACCAGACGUCUGGUUCAAUCCUAAGCAGGUGUGGGAGGUGCUGGCAGCUGACCUCUCCAUCUCUCCCAUCCACACUGCCGCCGCAGGUCAACUGGACCCUGUCAAAGGCAUUGCGCUUCGUUUCCCACGAUUCAUCAGGAUCAGAGAGGACAAGAAUCCCGAGGAUGCCACGUCCUCCCAACAGAUCGUGGACAUGUACAAAAAUCAGAAGGUGAACACAUUGAAGAUGGAUGACGAUGAUUAUUACUUGUAG